GCCGCCGCCGCCGCCGCCGCCGCCGCAGCAGCAGCAUGGCGGGGCUGCGCUACCCGCAGGCAGGCAGCUACUGCCGCGCGGCUGCGGCCAUGAACCUCCUGCUCGGCGUCUUCCAGGUCCUGCUCCCCUGCUUUCGGCCGGGGGAAGCGCAGGGCCAAGCUAUCGACCCCAUCCCCAACGUGGUGGAGCUGUGGCAAGCUGAGGAAGGGGAACUUCUGCUGCCCACUCAGGUUGACUCUGAGGAGGAUGUGGAGGAACAUCCACAAGAGCAAAGCUUCUCAGCAAAGAUGCCACCUAAUGGGAAGGCCUUGCAUUUCCACCCAUCAGUUUUGCAUUUUGGAAUGCAGUUAUUGGGGCUGCCCAGAGCUAAAAUGCUAUACGCUUACAACCCUAGUAGGGAUAGAGAAAUUGUAGUGAAUUCAGUGUUUACAGCUACUAGACAAUUUCACGUGUCUCCUGUUCAUAGCAGGGUGAUUCCAGCAAUGGGAAAAAUUUCUUUCAAAGUCCUCUUUCUGCCAACAGAAGAAGGCAGUAUUGAAAGUUCAUUAUUUAUUAAUACCUCGUCUCAUGGAGUACUUUCAUAUCAGGUGUGUGGAAUGGGAACCUUGAAAACUUCUCCAGAAGAAUCUAGAGGACAGCUAUCAAAUGCUUUUUUACUCAUUCCACAUAUCCAGAAUAUCCAGAUUUCACAAACCCUGGCAGAAACCACAAAUGCCAGUCUCUUACAAGUUCAUCUUGAAUGCAGAUUGCCUACCAGUGUGUACCAACAGCUAAAGAGUUGCUGUUUUGUGUCUGAUGAUCCAAUGCUUCUAGAAAUGAGCUUAAGAGUAAGAAUAGAAAAUGCCCAACAAAGACUUGUGGACCACAGACAGUACUUGCUGGAGAAUGUUUUUGUAGUUUAUGUAGCAAUGGGCAAAACUGAAACCUCAGAAGAUUCCACAGUAAAAGUGUACGUAAUGCAUUCAGGGAACAGCCUUUUACAUAUACAGGAUGUACAGCAUUUCUCCCCAAAAGAUGCAUCAUACGUGCAGUUUGAGCCCGUACUGCUGCUUACUUCUAUCACAGAUUUUACAGAAGUUGCUUCUGUUGUUUGUAAAGCUAUGUCAUGUGACAAUGGAAGUCACUAUGCUGGUGAUGCGAACAUGAGUCCAUUGGAAGGCACAACACUAAAAGCAUGCCUUUCCCAUCCUGUAGUUGAAGGGUAUUUUGACCUUGACCCUUCUGCAGAAUUAUUUCACAUAGAGCCACAUCAUAAUACUUCAGGAGUUUGGUCAAUAUGGUUUACAAACAAUUUUGACUUCAGCAUUGAAGUAAAUGAUGUCUUUGUAGCCAGAGAAACUAAGAACAUUUUAAAGAUUCUGAACUUCGCAGAACCCUCCACUCUACCUCCAGGCUGUUGGAAUGUAUUUUCUUUGAAACUCAGUGUGAAAGAUAGUGUCAUAAAUAUAUCUUCCAGUGUAAUUUUGGCUACAAAUAUAGGACUGAUGUUUGCAAUACCUCUACAGAUUUACUCAACUCUUUUCAAGCAGGGCGAUUUUCAUUUUGAAGCCAUAGCACAUUGUGAUGUACAUUAUUACCUGGGAAAGUCUGAUACAGCAAAUCUACAUUGGCAAAGGAGUCUGUCUCUGGACCAUUCCACAUGGAAUGUGGAUUCUGAGCUUGCAAGUGAAGUGUAUGAAAGAUGGGAGAAAAUGAAACAUGGAGAAACAUGCAGGAGGAAUUUUUGGGGCAUGACUCACUUUGCCCACCAGAAGAAACCUGAAGAAGAGUCAUUUUCUUUCUUCUUGCCACGUUUGAUGGCAGAGCCUGGCCUUACUUUGAAUUUCAGUGCCACUGCACUUAAGAAUAGUAUGGUAAAAUAUUUUAUGCUAAGAAACCCUUCAUCCUUCCCAGUUAUGUUGCAACUUCUGCCUCUUUCUUACUAUCCUGAUCCCCAAGCUUCACUGAGUCUGCUCAGCAAAUGGUUUGGCAUAAGUAUGCAAGCUAUUAAUUACACAACCACUGAAUUCAGGCUCUUGGAUGAAUGUCCACACAGGGAUAUACAUCAGGAGGAGGUUGCCAACAAGAAAUCCAGUUCUGAGGUGCUUCAUUUACAUUUGCAACCACUGGAAACUAAAAGAGUUGGUGUGGUUUUUACACCAGUUGAUUAUAAAAGAGUAGCCUCUCUUAUACUCAUCAGAAAUAACUUAACUGUCCUGGAUGUGGUCAGUGUAGAAGGCUUUGGAGCCAGAGAAUUACUGAAAGUAGGUGGGAGGCUACCUGGUGCAGGAGGAUCACUCCGAUUUAAGGUACCAGAAGCUACACUUAUGGACUGCAGACGACAACUAAAAGAAAGCAAGCAAAUCUUAUCUAUUACAAAGAAUUUCAAAGUGGAGAAUAUUGGGCCUCUUCCCAUAACUAUAUCAUCUAUGAAGAUAAAUGGAUACAGUUGCCAAGGAUAUGGGUUUGAAGUGUUAGAUUGCCAAGAAUUUUUCCUAGCCCAAAACUGUUCUCGGGACAUCAGCAUUGUGUUUACCCCUGAUUUUACUUCUUCAUGGGUAAUCCGGGAAUUUACUCUGGUGACUACCGCUGGUUUAGAGUUCCACUUCACACUCAAUGUGACCCUUCCUCACCAUUUGUUACCCUUGUGUGCAGACGUGGUGCCAGGACCCAGCUGGGAGGAAUCUUUCUGGAGGCUCACAGUUCUCUUUGUUAGUUUGUCACUGCUGGGUGUGAUUCUAAUAGCCUUCCAACAAGCACAGUAUAUUCUUGCAGAGUUCAUGAAAUCAAGACAGAGGCCAAACCCGAGUCCUUCGGCACAGCAGAACAGCAAUCCUGUUGACAUAAUCAGCUCUGAUUCCUACAAGGGCAGCUGCAAAACAUUUAUAGAUUCAUAUAACUCCUCUGAUAAAGGCAAAGGGAAGGGUUUCCUUUCUGUGAGCGCUCCAUCCAACCGAAGUCAGAAUGCUGCAAAGAGGAGUCCAGCAACGUACAGCCACUCUCAGAAAAAACACAAAUGUUCAGUUUACUAUAGUAAACAAAAAGCAAGCACAACAGCUGGCAGUGUCAUCACAACUACUGAUGAAAAACAGAAUCAGACUGUAGAGAACCAAAUCUCACUACCAAAAGAGAAUGUUUGUACUGAUAUUGUUGGUGAGAACUGGGUAACCCUAAAAUAUGCAAAUGGCAUAAAUAUAAACAUGCAAAAAAAUUUAACUCUUUCAGGAAACUUUCUAGAUAAAGAAGAAAGUGCACUGAAAAAUAAAGUUCUCAUGAAAAAUACUUCUUCAGAGUGUGAUUUGAAGGAGGAUCUUGAAACAUGUAUGUUUCCUAAGGAAACUAACCUUAAAAUUUCAGAAAAAAUAACUGAGCUUAAAGAACAGGAAUUCUGUCCUGUGAAGACAUCUAAGAAGCUACCUGAAAGUCACUUGUCAAGAAAUUCACCUCAACAGCAACCAGAAUUGCAAGAAGUUUCCAGGAAAAAUAAUGCGGCCGCCGCGGUUUCACUUUUGCUGCUACCAGCUGCCAGCGUGGCGUCUCGCCGCCUCUCUCUCACCUCCGUUGAUUUCCUGAGGACCUGCUCCAUGAUCUUUCCAGGAAACAACCAGCAAGUGCCUCUCAGGAAUGAAAUAGAAAACUGUGAGACUUUGAAAAAACAGAUUAACACAAAGCCUUCCACUGAGAAAAAGAUUAGUAAAGGACCCAAGGAAGAGAUUCCCUGCUGUGGAAAACAGGAACUUGCAUCAGUUGAGCAAGAAGAUGCUUACAGAAAGAAGAAAUCUCAGGAGAAAAAAGAAGGAAGUUUGACAAAUAUGAAUUGGAAUAGAAAUAGAACAUCUAGAAGAAACAAGAAAAAGAUUGGCAGUUUAUCUACAAGGGUUCCUGAACAGAGUGAAAUGAAACAUAUGUACAGUGAAUUUGAAAGGCCUGAACUGAGAACUAAUAUUGGCAUAAGAAACUGUUGUGCUCAGGACAAUGGGGAAAUGUUUAAAGCUGACCAGAAAGGUGGAAGUUUGUCUACGCAGGGAGAAACAGAAAACUUUUAUCAACGAUCAAAGAAGUGUUUGGAAAAGUUUUGUUCUGAUUCAAGUUCUGAUUGUGGCAGUUCCUCGGGAAGCGUACGUGCCAGUCGCGGGAGCUGGGGCAGCUGGAGUAGCACCAGCAGCUCUGACGGAGAUAGAAAGCCUAUAAUGACACCCAGGCAUUUUCUUCCAUCAAGGGAGACUAUUUCACAAAAUGAUUUUCCAACUGAAACUCCCAUCACUUUAAAUCUGUCUCAUAACAUCUGCAAUACCAGCAGAGACAUAAAUACCAUCCCCCAGUAUCCAGAAACCCUGUGUCCCAACUUCACUGACAUGACUGCAGAUCCCGACAAGAAUAAAGGUCUGUAUCCAGCAGGAGACUUGUGGCCUGCUCAACCAGUCUGUCUGACAAAUAGCUUAAAUUAUAACCUUGAAAACAACAUACCAUGCAUGAUCCAGGAAUCCCCUUCUGUUCACAACAGUUUCAUUGAUUGGAAUGCAGCUUGUGAUGGCCAGUUUCCCAAUAUGUAUUGUCCAGUAGAGAUGAAUGAGUACAAUGCUUUUCCAGAAGAAAACAUGAAUUAUGCCAGUGGCUUCCCAUGUACUGCAGAAGUACAAAAUACAGCCUUCCUUGAUCACAGCUGUCAGUCUACCUGGAGUGCCCCACCCAACAUGCCUCCUACCUGGGAGCCAGCCAGUUAUGUCAACUCCUCACCCUACCUCUCAAGCACCAGAAGCUUGUCCCCAAUGUCUGGACUUUUUGGUUCCAUCUGGGCACCUCAGAGUGAUGUCUAUGAAAACUGCUGCCCACUCAGUGCCACCACCCAACACUCAACCCAUGUUGAGAACCAGGCAGUUAUGUGUAAGCAGGAAUAUUAUCCGAGAUUUAACCCAUUCCGUGCCUAUAUGAACUUGGACAUAUGGACUACAGCAGCCAAUCGGAAUGCAAAUUUUCCACUUUCUAGGGACUCGGGUUACUGUGGAAAUGUGUGAAAGGAAUUUGACUUAAAAUGUGAGUAAAGUUGCUUGCAAUUUUGAUUACUAGAGUAAGCUGGUUGUUGGAAUAGAUUACAAUGUUGGUGGAUAUUUUGGCACUUUUAUAUGGAAAAUAAAUUUUUUUUUACAGAAA